GGAGCCGCUGUGAGCUGGAGCCGCACUCAGGCAGCCUCGCCGCGCGCUUCCAAAGAUGGUCAGAGGGUCCCGCGGCGCCGCCGCCCCCGCUCGCCGCUAGCAGGGCCGCACAGCGUCCCCGAGCCGCCGCCGGAGCCAUGGCUUUAAAAGGACAAGAAGAUUAUAUUUAUCUUUUCAAGGAUUCUGCACAUCCGGUGGAUUUUCUUGAUGCAUUCAGAACAUUUUAUUUGGAUGGAUUGUUUACUGAUAUUACCCUUCAGUGUCCUUCAGGCAUAAUCUUUCAUUGUCAUAGAGCUGUUUUAGCUGCUUGUAGCAAUUAUUUCAAGGCAAUGUUCACAGCCGACAUGAAAGAAAAAUUUAAAAAUAAAAUAAAACUCUCUGGCAUCCAUCAUGAUAUUCUGGAAGGCCUUGUGAAUUAUGCAUAUACUUCUCAAAUUGAAAUAACUAAAAGAAAUGUUCAAAGCCUACUUGAAGCAGCAGAUCUACUACAGUUCCUUUCAGUAAAGAAGGCGUGUGAGCAGUUCUUGGUGAGACACCUGGAUAUUGAUAAUUGCAUUGGCAUGCACUCUUUUGCAGAAUUUCAUGUGUGUCCAGAACUAGAGAAGGAAUCUCGAAGAAUUCUAUGUUCGAGAUUUAAAGAGGUAUGGCAGCAAGAAGAGUUUCUGGAAAUCAGCCUUGAGAAGUUUCUCUUUAUCUUGUCCAGAAAGAAUCUCAAUGUUUGGAAAGAAGAAGCUAUCAUAGAGCCAGUUAUUAAGUGGACUGCUCAUGAUGUGGAAAAUCGAAUCGAAUGCCUGUACAAUCUACUAAGCUAUAUCAACAUAGAUAUAGAUCAAAUGUAUUUAAAAACCGCAUUAGGCCUUCAAAGAAGCUGCUUACUAACAGAAAACAAGAUCCGCUCUCUAAUAUGCAAUGCCUUGAAUCCCAUGCGUAAAGAAAUUUCCCAGCGGUCCACUGCCACAAUGUAUAUCAUUGGAGGCUAUUACUGGCAUCCUUUAUCAGAGGUUCACAUAUGGGAUCCUUUGACAAAUGUUUGGAUUCAGGGAGCAGAAAUACCAGAUUACACCAGAGAGAGCUACGGUGUUGCAUGUUUAGGACCCAACAUUUAUGUAACUGGAGGCUAUAGGACGGAUAACAUAGAAGCUCUUGACACAGUGUGGAUCUAUAACAGUGAAAGCGAUGAGUGGGUAGAGGGUUUGCCGAUGCUCAAUGCCAGGUAUUACCACUGUGCGGUCAGCUUGGGUGGCUGUGUCUAUGCACUCGGUGGUUACAGAAAAGGGGCUCCAGCAGAAGAGGCUGAGUUCUAUGAUCCAUUAAAAGAGAAAUGGAUUCCUAUUGCAAAUAUGAUCAAAGGCGUGGGAAAUGCUACUGCCUGUGUCUUACACGAAGUUAUCUACGUCAUUGGCGGCCACUGUGGGUACAGAGGAAGCUGCACCUAUGACAAGGUCCAGAGCUACAAUUCGGAUAUCAAUGAAUGGAGCCUCAUCACCUCCAGUCCACACCCAGAUUCCAUGCUGGGGAUGGAACUCUGGGUCUUGCACAUGCUGGACACACUUCCUACCACUGAACUACACCCCUUGGCCCAGGCUGACAACAUUUGGAUCCACUGAUUAAUUUCCAAAAAAGAAAGCAAACCAUUACAUGUCUGUUGAUGUGAUGCAGUGAGAACACAGCACCACACACGAUGUAUUCCUUCCUAAAUAUUUAGUCUAAACCUUAUCAGGCCUCUGGACCUAAGUUUUAGUUUGCCUGAAAUGCAGAGGCUUAGAGAACACAUUAAGUAUCACUUUGGGAUACAGCUGACCAAAUCCAGAAAGCAACAAAUUCUGAAGAAAAAAGAGUUUGGUUUCAUCAACAAAUGGAGGAAAAACAAAAGGUCCCAUAGAUUAGAAGAAAUUUGGGAGCUAUAGUAACUGUAUAAUAUAUAAGAAGGAUUUAUAUCUAGAUUGGAAUAAACCAACUAAAAAGAAACUUAUGACAAUCAGAAAAUUUGAAUGCUAAUUGAUGAAAUUAAAUAAUUUUUGUUAAAUUUUAGUUUUCAAGUUUGAUAAUGGUAAAUAUGAAAAACAAGUAAAUAUUAAAUGUGGUAUUUAAAAACCUAAUUUAAAGACAUGUACCCAAAACUUAUGGAUUAAAUCAUGAAAUUGGAGUAUGUAAGGGCUUUGGGGGGGGGGCAUGGGUAACACACAGGUGAAGCUGGGUUGGUAAUUUGCUCACAUGUGAAAUCUGGUUUGCAGAUAUUCAGGGGCUUUUACCUUACACUUUAUGCUUUCAUUGUAUGCUUGAAAUUUUUCCAUCAUAAAAAAGAAAACAAAAAAAAAUCAAAUAAAAAUAUUACAGUUCUCCUUACAGGGUCUCCUUAUAGGGUCUCACUGAGUAGCUCAGGCUGGCCUAGAACUCUGGGCAAUCCUCCUGCCUCAGCUCACUGUUUUCUAGGAUUACAGCUGUGGGCCACCACAUCCAGCAGAGUUCUCCUUUGGAGAAAUCUUUCCAAAGCAUAGAGUAGGUUUUGUUUUUGUCUUUUUGAGACAGGGUCUUGCUAUGCAGUUCAGGCUGGCCUUUAAGUAGCCCAGGCUGGCCUCAAAUUCACAACGAUCCUCCCACUUCAGCCUCCUGUGUGCUGGGAUUACAAGUGUGCACCACCACACCUGGUUUAGUAAUAUCUAUAAUACUUCAUCUGAUUUUUUUCCUUCAAGACCUCUGGGAUUAUUUCAAAUUUACCUAUGGCUCUUUCAAAUUAAUGUGUUGCUUCAUUUUUGUUUUUGAAAGACUAGAGUUGUAUCUUACCUCAGAUUUUCCUGAAAACUGCAGUCAGUUAACUCAAUCAUGUGUGGGUUUACUGUAGAGGCUCUGUCUUCAAAGGAGACUUCCAUCAUGUCUGUUGGACUAGCUCGGCCAGUCUUUCUACACGAUCCUGGGAGACCUCUGCAUCAUAGCAAGUUUCUUAAAGUAAAUUUGCAAUCCCAGCACUUGGGAGACUGAGAUAGGAGGGAGGAAUACUGCAAGUUUGAGGACAGUCUGGACUAUAUAGUGAGUUUAAAGCCAGCCUGAAUUACAUAGUGAGACUCCAUCUAAAAAAAAAAACGUAAUCACAAACAAAGUAAAUUGGUUUCAGAUUUCCUACCUUUGUGCUGCCAUAGUUGUGUGGGCCAGUACUUCCUCCACACUGCAACCUGCCCAUCUCAGCUUGUUUUUGCUUUAUUUUCCUCUUUCCUUAAUGAGAUUCCUAAACUCUUUCCUUCUUUGAUCCCUCCCUCCUUCCUUCCUACUUCUUUCACAGUACUGAAGAUUGAAACCUGGGUCUUCACACUGAGCUAAACCCCCAAGCCCCUUUUAAUUUUUAGAUUUAUUUAUUCAUUUAUGCACUAAUGGGGAUUGAAUUCAGAUCCUUCACACUGAGCUACAUCCCCCAGUCCUUUUUUUAUUUUUUAUUUUGGGUCGAGGUCUUGCUGAAUCUCUAAGUUGCCCAGGCUAGACUUGAACUUGUGAUCCUCCAGCCUCAGUCUCCAAAAGUGUAGGGAUUACAAACAUGUACUUUCACGUCCAGAUGCUGCCUUCUUUUUAUUCAAGUUCACUUAGUACCUGUUUCUUUUUGUGUGUGUGUGGUUUUUUGUUUGUUUGUUUUUUGGUGUAUAUUCUGAACAGGGUAAUAUCUGAAUUUGGGGUGCAUGUUGCUAAAUGCAAUUUGAAGAAUCUUUUUUAAGAAAAUUAAUAUAGGGACUGGGGAUUUAGCUCAGCAGCAUAAGCGCCUGCCUUGCAAGCAGGCAGUUGUGAGUUCGAUCCCCGGUACCGAUAAAAAAGAAAAGACAAAAAAAAAAAAAAAAAAAAAAAGAAAAGAAAAUUAAUAUAAAAUUUGAUAGGAAAGUAAAUAUCUAUUGCAAACAUAAUAAAAAGCUGGAAAAAUGCCUUUUUUACCCUUUUUUGGUUCUCAGGCUCAAUCCUAGGCCUCUAGCAUGUGUGUUCUACCACUAAGUCACAUGUUCAGCUCCCCAAACCUUGUUUUAAAUGAACUGCCAGAAACAUCUCUGCAAUACCUUUUUCCUGGAUUUUAAGUUGCAAAGAUUUGAAUCCCUCUUUAUAUAAGAAUAAUUUUGUAGCAUUUUCUACAUCGAGGAUAUACAGAUAUUCCAGUCUUUAGAAUAGUUAAAAUUCCUCUAAAAAGCUGUUAUGGGUUGCUUAGAAAAGUGUCUGCUUCAAGAUAAUAUAUAAAUAUGGUCUCCCCUAAAAGACAAAAACAAGAAAAAAAAUGAUUUCCCUUUUACAAAUUCUACACAGCUGUGACCAUUUUUAAUACUACCAAGUUUGCAUAGUUAUGAAAUACUAACAAGUAGUAUAGUAUUAUAGUUACCAGAAUCUUAAAAUACCUACCACAUGGAAAAAAAAAUACAUACCACAUGGUGUUAAAUAUAAGAUGUACUGAUGAAAGGGAAAAACUGUACAAGAGAAAUUGUUCUUCUUAAAACUUUGUUCUUUUAAAAUUGCCUAGCCCUGUAACUGCUUCAUGGCUUUGUAAUUAUUUUCUUGACCCCUGUAGCCACAAGAGUAUAAGCGAACAUGCAGGAUGCCUGAUUGUACCAUUGUGCCAAGCUUCAUAAACUGUUGAUCAUCAAUCUACCUUUGUAACCAAUGAUCUCACCCUGCUAGCUAACCUGAAGAGCUGCCAAUCUGUCCUCUCUCGCCUUUGUACCCCCUUUAUAUCUUGUGCUUGUGCACCACCAGUGAGCAGUGCCUGAUAGUCUGGGAAUUAUCCCAAUCAGUGCCGAUUGAUGUAAACAAACCAGCCUCCAAAUCCUGGGUGUUGUUUGGUGUUUCUGCUUGUUGUUGCACUGAAAUACUGGGCUCCUACAGUUUUUACCAUAAUCUUUUUUUCAUAAUCUUUAUUUUAGAUUUUACUUAUCAAAA